UGCAACCACGUUAAACUCAAAUUUAAUGAAGACAAAGGAUUUGUGCACGCUCAGGUCCAGUUCAACAUCAAACAAAGGUCUUCUAUUUUGUACAUGGUCCUACCGUCUUACGGCUCAUUGGAAAAAAAACCACCAAGAUCCCGAGACUAAAGAUUCCGGAGAAUUUUACACUCAGAAAGCACUUUCUCUAUUUACUAAAAAUAUUGAAGAUACAAAUCCUAAUUACUUUUAACUUUUGCUUAAUUUCCAUUUAUAGUGUCCGUAAUAUAUUCAACACGAGCAAGGACGUGCUGCUGAUUAAACCUGCAAUUACCUUAAUGAGAUAAACACACACACUGCUGUUGUAUCCAGUCAUCAAAAUGUCUGCUUUUAUGGAUGUGUUGGAUACCGACCAAGACGUGCGUGUCAUUCUCAAUGUAGGAGGAACGAAGCACGAAACGUUCUUGAACACGCUCGAAAACUUUCCCGACACGCGAUUGGCCUGGAUCAGCGAGCAACUGCGAAAAAACCCUGACCGCGAUCGAGAGUUCUUUUUCGAUCGCCACCCUGGGAUAUUUGCACAUAUUUUGAACUACUUUCGCACGGGGAAACUUCACGUUCCUCGUGAUAUAUGCGGCCCGAUGUUCCACGAAGAGUUGGUAUUUUGGGGGAUUGAUCCGAAGCAAAUCGAGCAUUGUUGUUGGGCCUACUACGAUGAGCACAACGAGUUGGAAAAGACCUGGGGAGAGCUCAUGAGCAAAGUCCCGGCAGAAUCGUUAAGCGAUCAGGAAGAUAGCGAUGUAUGCUCGGACGGCGAAAUGGCUAGCAGUGAAAACGAAGGUGGUUGGAAUCAUGCAGUGAAGAAGAAAUGGAGAGGAUUUCGAAAGCGAAUGUGGAGGGUACUGGAAGACCCGUAUUCUAGCAAGAUAGCAUGGGUAAGCCGCUUUAAUAAAUUAAAUUCAAAUUGAAAAAUAAUUAUGUCCCAACACUUAUGUAUAGC